AGAGCCGCUGCGCGCCAAGUUCUGGGUUCCCGACUCGCGCGGCAGGUGUCACGUGGCGGGCACAGGGCCGGACGCGGGUCGGUGGGUCUCGGAUUCUGCUCGCGGCGGCAGCAGCGUGGUCGGCGGGUCUCGGGGUCGCUGGGCUGUGCGGGACCCUGUGCCGGUAGGUGGGCUGCUUCGGGUGCCAGGACCUCGGUGCCCCCGGCGCUCUCGACGCUCUCGGGGCGCUUUGUGGUGUGCGCCUGGCAGCCGCGCUUCCCCCGCGGCUCUGAGAGGCCGGAAAAGGUAACUUUGAACUGGUGCAAUGAUGACUCAAGUCAACAGGACUCACAAGGACACUGACCUGUGGUCCUCGCAUGAUAAAAUGCUGGCGCAGCCCCUGAAAGACAAUGACACUGAGGUUUACAACAUCAUCAAGAAGGAGAGUAACCGGCAGAGGGUCGGGUUGGAGCUGAUCGCGUCAGAGAAUUUCACCAGCCGGGCAGUUUUAGAGGCCCUCGGCUCUUGCUUAAAUAACAAGUACUCUGAGGGGUACCCAGGCCAGAGGUAUUAUGGUGGGACCGAGUUCAUCGAUGAGCUGGAGAUCCUUUGUCAGAAGCGAGCGCUGCAGGUCUAUGGUCUGGAUCCUGAGUGCUGGGGGGUCAACGUACAGCCCUACUCAGGCUCCCCUGCCAACUUUGCAGUGUACACUGCCCUGGUGGAGCCCCACGGGCGCAUCAUGGGCCUGGACCUGCCCGAUGGGGGCCACCUGACACACGGGUUCAUGACAGACAAGAAGAAAAUCUCUGCUACGUCCAUCUUCUUUGAAUCUAUGCCCUAUAAGGUGAACCCAGAAACUGGCUACAUCAACUACGAUCAACUGGAGGAAAACGCACGCCUCUUCCACCCGAAGCUGAUUAUUGCAGGAACCAGCUGCUACUCCCGAAACCUGGACUACACCCGACUGAGGAAGAUCGCGGAUGACAACGGGGCAUAUCUCAUGGCCGACAUGGCGCACAUCAGCGGGCUGGUGGCUGCGGGUGUGGUGCCCUCUCCCUUUGAGCACUGCCACGUGGUGUCCACCACCACCCACAAAACCCUGAGAGGCUGCCGAGCCGGCAUAAUCUUCUACAGGAGAGGAGUGCGCAGCGUGGAUCCCAAGACCGGCAAAGAGACCCUGUACAACCUGGAGUCGCUUAUCAACUCUGCUGUGUUCCCAGGCCUGCAGGGAGGUCCCCACAACCACGCCAUUGCUGGGGUCGCUGUGGCCCUGAAGCAAGCCAUGACUCCGGAGUUCAGACUUUACCAGCACCAGGUGGUGGCCAACUGCCGAGUUCUGGCUGAGACCCUGAUGGAGCUGGGCUACAAAGUGGUGACAGGUGGUUCUGACAACCAUUUGAUCCUCGUGGAUCUCCGCUCCAAAGGUACGGACGGUGGAAGGGCUGAGAAGGUUCUAGAAGCCUGUUCUAUUGCCUGUAACAAGAAUACCUGUCCAGGUGACAAAAGUGCACUGCGGCCCAGCGGACUGCGUCUCGGGACUCCAGCGCUGACAUCUCGAGGACUUUUGGAGAAAGAGUUCCAGAAAGUAGCCCAGUUUGUUCACAGAGGGAUAGAACUGACUCUGCAGAUUCAGAACGACAUCGGUGCCAGGGCCACCCUAAAGGAGUUCAGAGAGAAACUGGCAGGGGACGAGAAGCACCAAAGGGCCAUCAGGGCUCUCAGGGAGGAAGUGGAGAGCUUCGCCUCUCUCUUCCCUCUGCCUGGCCUGCCUGACUUUUAGAGGAGCCGCACCUGCCCAGGAACCACCUGCUCGAGGACCCGGUGCCCUUCUGAGAAGAGACAGGAGAGCUGCCCUACACGGGACCGACUGCAUCGACUGCUUUGUGCCCCGAGGGGGUUUCUUUCUCCGCUUUCCUCACUCCUUCACAAAUCAAAAUUUGUUUUUAAGACCCAUUGUUAAUAAUUCUGGGACAAGUUACUAAGGCAUUUAAAUUAUCCUUUCUCUUAGCUGUAUAAAAAGUUCUUCUGGAAAAAAUGAAGUACUUAGACUGGAUUCAGGGCUGACGGUUAGAAAGACCCCAGGAGGUGUACUUGCGCUUCUCUGAGUUACUGGCCUUUCCCCACACCCUGCGAGGACAACCUCCCAAGUUCAGAGCUGCCACGAGCUGCCCCUUCUUCACGUCUUGUUAGGUGGAGGAUUGCUAAAGGAAGACUGAGGAUUGUCAUCACUGAGGGAAAUUUUGAAGCUUCUGGUGAUUUCUAUACAGGGUGCCGCCCACUAUGGUGGGAGGUUCUCCACAGCAGCUCAGGACAUCUUGGAAACGAUCUCUUUCAUCCCCCACCCCUGGGGGCUGCCAGGUGUCAUCAGGUGUGAGAACCAAUGGUGGGGGUUGGGGGGGGGGGCUUCCUGCCCUGUGCCAGGUAACCAACCCCCUCCUGUAAUCAGGAAACCAAAUGUCACCUUCCCAGAGAAACUUUAUUUUUCACAAAGCCGAAGUGCAAAACAUAGAUGACCAUUUUUAAUAAGCACAAUCGAAUUUUUAACCACAGAAUGUCUACAAGAAUUAUAGCUUUAAAAAAUACAACCAAUUUUUAUAUUUCAAAAAUAUCUGAACUCAAAUAAAUUAAUUUCUUAAAAAGUACA